AUGGCUUUAUCACUCAAUGAGCAGAAGCAAUUACAAUUGGACUCGCAACGUAAGCUGGCUCAAGCCAAAAGCCCGCUAGAAAAGUUGCGAUACACAUGUCUCUGUCGCGGUGCCAGUGGAAUAAAUGGAAUCGGCCGGCAAUUCCGUAUAAUAGAUGACGAUAACAACAAGUUGAUUUCUAAGGAGGAAUUCGUGAAGGUUUGCCAUGACUUCAGAGUUGGCCUCACGAAUGAUGAAACUGAUGGUCUUUUUGCUGAAAUCGAUCGAGAUGGGUCUGGUUCAAUCAAUUUUGAUGAAUUCCUAGAAGCCUUGCGGGUACAAUGUGGUUUUUAUCUAAUUUUUCAGCCGCCAAUGUCGGAAAAUCGCAAAAAAAUAAUAGAACUUGUUUUCAAUAAGAUGGAUAAGACUGGCGAUGGUGCCGACGAUCUGAGGGGCGUCUACAAUGUUCGAAGCCAUCCCAAGUAUCUGAAUGGCGAGUUGAGUGAAAAGGAUGUCUUAAAUGAAUAUUUGAAGACUUUCGAAAGCAGAGGUGAAAAGGAUGGGAAGGUGACUUGGCAAGAAUUUUUAAACUAUUACAGCGCGGUGAGCUCAUCCAUCGACGAUGAUGUCUACUUUGAUCUGAUGCUUCGUAACGCCUACAAACUAUAG